CAGGUAGACCAUACGCAAACACGUCGUAGACACGAUGGCACACGGCCAAUCCCAAGGAUCUCCGAAAACCUCCAGCUCCAUCAUCUCCCGCUACCCCCAAGUCGCUGAUGGUGCACCCCAACGCCCCGCAGUCGGCGGUGGAAAACAUUCGCGAAUCGACCUGGCCUACUGUGAUCAGUGUGGCUCCAGAGUGGCGUGACGACGCGUCGCGAGAUGCGCCCCUCAGCAGCCGAUACAAUUCGGACCUGGUUGCUCUCUGCCCUGGUGGUACACGGCGCCGUAGCUGGUAAUCCGGACGCCAAACGUCUUUACGAUGAUCUACUCUCGAAUUACAAUAAGCUGGUGAGGCCGGUUGUUAACACUACGGAUGUACUCAGAGUCUGUAUUAAGCUCAAGCUCUCUCAACUGAUUGAUGUGAAUUUAAAGAACCAAAUAAUGACAACCAAUCUUUGGGUAGAGCAGUCAUGGUAUGACUACAAAUUGAGGUGGGAGCCUAAAGAGUAUGGAGGUGUCCACAUGUUGCAUGUACCAUCAGAUCAUAUAUGGCGGCCAGAUAUUGUCCUCUACAAUAACGCAGACGGCAAUUUCGAGGUUACGCUGGCCACGAAGGCCACCAUCUACCACCAAGGCCUUGUCGAAUGGAAACCACCAGCUAUAUACAAGUCUUCCUGCGAGAUAGAUGUCGAGUACUUUCCCUUCGAUGAGCAAACUUGUGUGUUGAAAUUUGGGAGUUGGACAUAUGAUGGUUUCAAGGUUGAUCUCAGACAUAUGGACGAGAAAGCUGGCAGUAAUAUUGUUGAAGUUGGAGUUGAUCUUUCAGAGUUUUAUAUGUCAGUCGAAUGGGAUAUACUUGAAGUACCUGCUGUGAGAAACGAAAAAUUCUAUACGUGCUGUGAUGAACCAUAUCUAGAUAUAACUUUCAAUAUAACAAUGAGGAGGAAAACUCUAUUUUAUACCGUGAAUAUAAUAAUACCAUGCAUGGGGAUUUCCUUCCUGACAGUGUUAACGUUCUACCUUCCUUCCGACAGUGGGGAAAAGGUAACGUUAUCAAUUUCAAUCCUCAUUAGUCUCCAUGUGUUCUUCCUGUUGGUUGUGGAAAUCAUACCUCCAACGUCUCUAGUUGUUCCCUUACUUGGCAAAUACUUGAUAUUUGCUAUGAUACUUGUUUCGAUUAGUAUAUGUGUAACAGUAGUCGUCCUCAAUGUACAUUUCCGCUCCCCGCAAACGCACAAAAUGUCACCCUGGGUAAAAAGGGUGUUCAUCCAUAUAUUGCCGAGGCUGCUCGUCAUGAAAAGACCUCAAUACGUAUUCGAAACAAACAGUAGGUACGUCACGAAUAGGUUUCUUGUCAAAAGCAGAGAGCUAUCGUCAUGUCUUUAUCCUUACCACACAACGGUCCAGAGGGAUGAGCCAACUCCCAAAAGGAGGUUUCCAAGCCGAACUCCGUCUAAGGACGAAAUAUCCAGAGGCUUGGCGGACGGAGGUCCUUUCGGCGGUAGCUGCCAAAUCCACGGUCCGGUGCUCCUUCCGACUCCGGACUCGGACGAUGCCGCAAUUGACAGCGAUACGGGCGGGAUAAAAAGUCCGAUAUUGCGGAAUCCCGCUUUUUCGCAUUCUAGCUGCCCACCAGAGAUUCACAAGUCCUGCUUCUGCAUCAGAUUUAUUGCGGAACACACCAAGUCGCUGGAAGAAUCGACGAAGGUGAAAGAAGAUUGGAAGUAUGUAGCGAUGGUGUUAGACAGGUUGUUUUUAUGGAUAUUUACACUGGCCGUCCUAGUUGGUACAGCUGGUAUAAUACUGCAAGCUCCAUCCCUCUACGACGAUCGAAUUCCAAUUGAUGAGAAAUUUUCGGAAUUCGCCCGUACGACCGUUAUCAGACAUCGUUGACAUUGAUCGAUAUAAUUGUUGAAUUUUAUGGAAGAAGAAGAGAAAGCAGAUGAAAAUUUUUUCUUACCCUCAAUAACCGUGAAAAAGUUGAUCUCUUUUUCUCAGAAUGAAAUUUUGCAGUGGUAAUCCUAUCCAUCAAAAAUCUCACUUCAAAAACCCCAUGUACCCAUCCUAUUUUGUAAUGGAUGCUGUUGAUGCUUAUGAAUUUUAUAUUGAACGAAUGAAAAUAUACCUGAAUAUGUAAAUAGGCCAUAGGUUUAUAUAUUUUACACAUUAGUAUGUACUUAUUCAGGUUUUGUAUCAACAUAUACAAAGAAAGAGUUUUUAUCAUUUUAUAUCGCUUUCGGAGCAUACUGUAGUUUAAUCAUUGGUCGUAUUCACGUAGUGCCAUUAAUAUAAUGAUGAGAUAAACAAGAAAAAUUAUGGGAAUUCUCAGUAUAUGUGAAUAUGGAAUAGCACAUUCAGAUAAUAUCAAUUCGAUUAACCGCUGAACAUAGAGGACUCAUCAAAAUAAAAAAUUUUCAUGAAACAAUGGUUGAUGGACAGCUUCCUUAAAUUUAGAAUGACUGAUGAACAGAUAUUGACGCCUUUGAAUGAGUUCGAUAACAGCUGUCCUUUUAGAGCCCAACAUAAAAAUACAAUUUGUAUAAUUGAGGAAAUGAUGUUGUGAACUCUGGAAUUUAUGAGGUUACUGCCUUGUAUCACCGAUAAUAUUCCAUAAUUCAGUAUAGACGAUAUAAUUACGAUUGAAUGUACCAUUCAACUCGAUCAAUAGUCCAUGAGUAAGUGUGAAAACAUGUUCAAGUAGACAUCAAUAGUAGAUCGAUUUUCGAUACGAAAAUAGAAUUAAGUCAUUUUUUUCCAUUUUUGUGAAGAAGAUUUUCAGUUUCACUGCUAAAAUUAAAGCAUACCUAUUUUGCUUGAUUUUGGAAUGCCAUAUCAACUCCAACCACCAAAGUACCGGAAAUGAAUAACCCUCUUCUCAUACCAUAUAUAAAACAUCGAAUGAACUCAUAAUAAGUAUCCAAGUAAAUUUUUCGUAUAGAUCUUAACUUGAAGAAUUGAAGAUGAUUAUAUGGUAUUCAAUAAUUUUUCGACAGAGAUUUCUCGAAAAAUAUCUCAGACUCCCACAGAUUCAUGGUUAUAUUUUAUCAUCAUAUGUUGGUACUUGGAACUCUUAUGUCAUGGAUUUAUUUAUUAUCUGUCAAAUUUGUAAUACACAUCACUGUUCUUUUAACCAACAGUUUUCAGUGUAAGAAUCAAUAAACAAUAUUUAUGGAAAUAUCACAUUAAUUCCUAUUUUUAGUGAAUCAUAGAAAUGAUACUGGUAUAGAAGGUAUAUUUUUACAUUGGUUCAUUUAAAAACUUUCCACUUCGUGGCUCGACUUUGAAUUUUUCACUCUUGGAAGAAUAGCAAUGCCUUCUGUACUUUUAUUACUUAUAAGUAAUUAUUCUGUAUCUUUCAAGAAUUAGGCUUUAUUUUCGGUAUCUCUUCUAAUUAUGAAUUUCUUUGUCAAAUGGACGCAAAAAUAAUGCUUAUAUUAAUUACAUAUCAAGACAGGCGGAGGAACUGUCUUAAGCACUCAAUAUAAUAAAGUGUCAAAUUUCUUGUUGUUGAUAUGGCAGUUCAAACUGGAAAUUGUUUAUGGUGAUCGGAUGACAUGACAUUAAAAUGAAUAUAAAACAAUGGGUGAAAUAGGAUUUUUGUAUUGCUAAUUAUUUGUAUUAUCUGUUGAUCAGCAAGUCAAAAUAUCCAGUAUGGGUGUAUUAUUUCAUUCCACUUACCAUUGGCCUCUGAAAUAUUUCUUAAAUAUAAAUUCAAAAUAAGCACUAGCAACUCAGAAUUCAAUUAUGAAAUUUUUAUGAACAUACUUG